AGGCAAAGAUUAAAGAAACAGAUGAGCUACACAAGCUUCCACCCCUACCACGUUCAAACAGACGCUGCUUUUUCUGCAGAAAAACACAGGAGAACCUGAGGAACUAUGGGUUUGUUUCUACCUAUGCUUACAAUGAGAACUUCAAGACCUCUCAGGUAAGAGGUUCUCUCAGGAUCCUGUUGGAGUAACACUCUUUAGUCAACCCUAGUGUUUUUAUUCGCCACGUUCGUCUGGUUCAAGUCAUGGAUCUCACAUUGUGGCAGUACCAGUUUCGAAUCAUCAUGCUAGGAGACUCCACAGUGGGCAAAUCAUCCAUGUUGAAGCGCUACACGGAGGAUCUGUUUCUGGAGUGCAUCAACCAAACCGUCGGUGUGGACUUCUAUGUACACUUCCUAGAGGUGGAACCUGGGGUGAGGGUCAAACUGCAGUUCUGGGAUACAGCUGGUCAAGAAAGGUUCAGGUCUGUGACUCGCUCCUACUACCGCAAUUCAGUUGGAGGUCUUCUUGUGUUCGAUCUGGGCAACCGCAAAUCUUUUGAAAACGUGCAGCAGUGGUAUGCAGAGGUGUCUGAACGUGUGCAACCCUACACUGUGCUCUUUGUGCUGGUGGGACACAAAAAUGACCGGGUGAAGGGAGAGCGAGCCGUGGACCGAGCUGAGGCAGAAAAGCUCGCAAGCCAGUUGGGAGCGCCAUACAUCGAGGCCUCAGCCAAAACGGGUCACAAUGUAAAAGAGGCCUUUGAACUCUUAACCCGGCGGGUUUACCAGGGUAUAAAAUGUGGAGAGAUCCAGUUGCGUGACGGGUGGGAUGGAGUCAAAAGCUCAACACCUACAGCCCAAACACUCCAGAGGAUACAAAACAAUGAAGCCGCUGAGAAAAACAAGAACUGUGCUUGUUAACAUAUAAAACGUGGUUCUCACAACUUUUGAGUGCAGAUCUUCAAAUGGGAUGGAUUGUUCUGACAUUGCCAAAUACACAUAAAAACAAAUCUCAAAGUCUUUCAGAUUUUAGGUAUUAAAUCUGAUCAUCAUCCACGGAUAAUGUGCUCAUCCGCGAGAUGUCAGCAUUUGGCAACCACAUUGUAACUCGUGUUUAAUGUCAUAUACAUACAUAUGUCUAAUUUCCAAUUGUUUGUUCAUAUUUCUGGGCUCAACUGUGGAUAUAGGUCUUUUCUUCAUAUUAAAUCCACAUAUUUCCAUAAACAUGGAUGUAUUUUGGUGAUACAGACAUUCUGGAGAAUUUAAGAGUUAAAUUAUUCCCUAAAAAUGUACAUACAGGGAGUUAAGAUACAGUUUGUUAUUUGUAAUUUCUAAAAUUAUGUCCAACAAUCUGAAUGAGUUCUUUGUGAACACAUCACAAUUAGUUUUUUUAUUCAUGAAAAACAAGAGACUGUAAAACACUGUGAUAUAUGGCAAAAAAAAGUUUAUACUCAAGUUAACUCCACAGAAAUGUUCAAAUCUGCCCACAAAGCCACAGCAGAAGGGGUUUAUGCAUCAUUUCUGAUACGUCACACAUAUAUAACUCCCUCUAACCUAUUGACCAAUCUGCAUCAUGUCACUAGUUCCAGUAAAAUUUAUUUAAAUAGGGAAGUGGUAUUUAUUUCUCCGGUAAAAAUGACUGGUUUACCUUUAGAAAGUCACACAAGAUUUCAUCUAUAGUACUAAAUAUUACUUAAGUGAUGAGUUCUAUAACACCGAACACUAUGAACAAAUCAGACACAUGGUGAUUGUAAUUGUGCAUAGCUAUUAAUGCCAGCUGAGCAAAAGUUGUGUGACUGGAUUACGGGUCAGCUAUACACAAAAUCUGGUUUGUGGGAGAAACAAUAAACAAUGUUUUCACAGACGUCUGUGAGAUUCUAUAAUAUAAUAUGAUGUAAUAAACCCCCAGUAUAGCACCAAGCCAGAGACGAAGGUGCCCAAACAAAAUGUUCAUGUGGUGGUUUUAACACAAAGUGAACUGUACAGACAAUUUACGUCAAUUCCUACGCACCUUUUGAAUGCGAAA